AUGAGCGAAGGAGGUGAUAUGGAGAACCAAAUGCGGACGAAGCAUCAUCGAGGGAUCGGAAGCAGAGGCGGUGACCAGGACAUAUCAGGACAGCCGCCUAGGCCGGUGGUACCGUUGGUAUACUCUGAAUUUGGAGAAGAUGACGAGUUGUCGCCGCAGUGGAGGUCGUGGCUGAUUCCGAUGUUCGUUGUGGCUAACGUGAUAGUCUUCUUCGUUACAAUGUUCGUCAACAAUUGCCCUAAGAAUUCGGAAUCGCAUGAUCCCAACCAGCACUGUGUCGCCAGGUUCCUCGGGAGAUUCUCCUUCGAGCAUCUCCGGAACAAUCCUCUCUUCGGUCCGUCUUCUCUAACAUUGGAGAAGUUAGGAUCACUGGACUGGUAUAGAGUUGUGGAGAAGCAUCAAGCUUGGCGGCUCCUGACAUGUAUAUGGUUACAUGCUGGUGUUAUUCAUCUUGCUACUAAUAUGCUAAGCAUUGUAUUCAUCGUUAAGAUUGGAAUGAUAUACUUAAUAUCAGGAAUGGGAGGAAGCAUACUCUCCUCACUGUUUAUCAGAAUCGGUAUCUCAGUUGGAGCUUCUGGUGCCCUUUUUGGCCUUCUUGGCUCAAUGCUCUCAGAACUUCUCACCAACUGGACUAUCUACUCUAACAAGGUUUAUCUCUCAAUACUACAUGUGCCUCUCUAG